GUUUACCAUUUACAACUUGUGGGAUAUGGGCUUCAAAAUCAGUCUCAGACCUCUAUGGAAAAUAUCAAAUCUCGCAUUUUGAACAUCUUGAUGAGAACUUUCCUUUAUUACGACUUAGGAGUGGCUGCUUCUAGAGUUAAUAUUUUCCAAUUCUCAACCCUUUCUCCUAAUUUCCUUCUUGGGCCCCUCCCCCGCAAUCCAAGGAAGUCUUUUGUCAAACACCUGAUAGGCGAAGGUGAUUUCUUGUGCUGAUUCUGAUUGGCUGGCAAACUCGAUUAUGGAAGAAUCUCAACUUUGCUGUAUUCACGUUUCUGGUGCUGUCUGGUGUUUGUAGCCAUAUUUUUUUCAGGUAAGUGGCUGGCUGCUGCUCAGAAAAUAGAUGGAAAGAGCAGAAUAAGAAAGAGAGAGUGCAUACGUGGGAUUGAGGGAUUGAGGGAUUGUGGGAAGAAGUGGUUGCGGGUCAGAGUCGGCAUGCGUGAAUCCCGGAGCAAAGUCUUUGUUUAGCAUAUCCUGGCCAUCCGAUGGGGAUGAUAGUGACAGAUCUAUGACAUCAAUCAUGAUACGUCCAGGUACGCGCUCUUCCAGCGUGUGAGGAACGAUUCUGCAUAUUGGGGUGUUCUUAUCAUUUUGUGGAGACUGGAGAGAGUAAACGAGAGGAAUUUUAGAAAAGCCAGAGCAAACCCAAUUCUGACGUUCGAAUCUCAUGGUUGGGAAGAUUUUUUCUGUCUUCUAUUAUUUAUAAAAUUUGAAAAUUUUGGAUUCUCUUCUCUUCUCUUCUCUUCUCUUGACCCUUCCCCUCUAUACUCCUCUUUGUUAUCUCUCUCUCUCUCUCUCUCUCUCUCGUAUCUGCAGCUGGACGUGCAAGGACGGGUUUCUUGUUGCAUCAUCACAAUCAUACCAGAGUAUCCUUUCACAACUCGAGGGACAGUGCUUUAUAGGUUGGAAGAAGUUUGACGAACAAGAAGUUCAAAUUUAAAAUGAUGAGAGAAAUUUAGCAGAUCCCACGAACAAUGGAGCCCUUGAAUGUGGAGAAGAAAUGGGUAUUCCCACUUGUUAUAAGCUCCCUUAUCGGGGUUUUCCUCGUUGCUACUGCCUUCAAUAUGGGUCUUGUAUCUUCGAUGCAAACAAUCAAUUCACUAUUCUCAAUCUUCCCAUCACGAGUCGCUGUAAACCAGACAGACCCUGUUUUUGUUGAAUCAAAGGUUUUGCCUCCACCAUCAACCCCUCAGUCCCGUAUUCCUCGAUUUGCAUAUCUGGUCUCUGGAUCAAAAGGUGAUUUGGAGAAGUUAUGGAGGACUCUUCGUGUGCUUUAUCACCCAUUGAACCAGUAUGUCGUUCAUUUGGACAUGGAAUCACCAGCAGCGGAAAGACUAGAGCUUGCUUCUCGUGUAGAAAAUGAUACCAUCUUUGCAAAGAUAGGGAAUGUGCACAUGAUUACCAAAGCUAACAUGGUUACUUACAGAGGACCCACAAUGGUUUCCAAUACCCUUCACGCCUGUGCCAUCCUUCUCAAGAAAAGCAAGGAUUGGGAUUGGUUCAUAAACCUCAGUGCUUCAGAUUAUCCUCUCAUGACACAGGAUGAUAUACUUUUUGCAUUUUCAUCAUUGAACAGAAGUCUGAAUUUCAUAGAGCACACUAGCUCUCUAGGAUGGAAAGAGGAUCUAAGGGCAAAGCCAUUGAUUGUAGACCCUGGACUCUAUAAGUCAAUUAAGUCAGAUAUUUUCACUGCGACUGAAAAAAGGGCACUGCCUACAGCGUUUAAAUUAUUUACUGGUUCGGCAUGGAUGGUUCUGUCGCGAGCAUUUGUGGAGUAUUUAAUAUGGGGUUGGGAUAACUUACCAAGAACCCUCCUCAUGUACUAUGCCAACUUUGUUUCCUCUCCUGAAGGUUACUUCCACACGGUCAUUUGCAAUGCUCCAGAGUUUGCAGUUACUGCUGUCAACCAUGAUUUGCACUAUAUCUCAUGGGACAUGCCUCCGAAACAACACCCACAUGUCCUUAACCUUAAUGAUACAAAAAAGAUGAUCCGUAGCAAUGCUCCUUUUGCCCGAAAAUUCAAACAAGAUGACCCUGUUUUGGAUAAAAUUGACAACGAACUCCUCAACCGAAAAUCUGGGAGCUUUGUUCAGGGUGGCUGGUGCUCUGGUAAUCCCCCUUGUUCUGAAGUUGGGGAACCAACCCGCCUUAAACCAGGACAAGGAGCACAUAGGCUUGCAAAACUCAUGGCUAGGAUAGUUCUGUCACCGAAGUUCAGAGGUAACUGGUGUAGUAGUUGAAAGUAUUCUUGCUUGAGGCUGGGAAGUUUUUAAUUCAGCACAUAGCAAUUACCCAUUAAAAGAAUUUAUUCCAUGGAAUGGUACCCAUCAAUGGCUGACUAUCUCUCAUGUGACAAGCAAUUUUGUAGUUGGGUUGGACCUUGUGGCUUUAAGUUCAAGCUGCCUACUGCUAUUGGAUAUGGGAAUUCUAUUUUGAUCAGGACUAAAGAUGGAGACCUGCUUUUGUCAACAGCAGUAUGUAACUGGCAUCAGUGGUCUAUUUUAUUUGUUGGUGAAAGGUCAAAAAAUGCAGUUAGUGUCUUUGUAAUUAAAGGGCGACUAUGUUAUACACCUUUAUGGUAACUCCAUAGGUUUUCCUUCAACAUUCAAAAUUUAGGCUGGUUCACCUUUCAAAUUCUAGCUCUGUAUUCCUUUUACUAUAAAUAUAUAUAUUUUUUUCCAACUA